AUGGGAUACUAUGCUGAAGCCGAGGAGUGGAAGGACGUGAAGCCUAUCCCGCUUGAUGAAGGCGGCCCCAACCCUCUCGCUGCCAUUGCCUACUCGGACGAUUAUGACGAGGCCAUGUCAUACCUGCGCGCCAUCAUGGCUAAGAACGAGAUGAGCGACCGCGCCAUCGACCUUACGGAUACUAUCAUCGACGCCAACCCCGCACACUAUACUGUCUGGCUAUAUCGUGCCAAGAACAUUCUUUCGUUGAACAAAGACCUACACGCUGAGAUUGCGUGGCUUAACGAAACAGCCCUGAGAAAUCUCAAGAACUACCAGAUCUGGCACUAUCGCCAGACAAUAGUCGACAAGCUAGACUCUGCUGAAGGCGAGCAGGAAUUUAUCGCAAGCAUUCUUGCCAAAGAUGCCAAGAACUACCACGUCUGGAGCUACCGGCAGUGGCUGGUGCGACGCUUUGACCUCUGGGACCAGGGCGAGAUCGAGGCCAUUGAGCGACUGAUUGCCGAGGACGUCCGCAACAACUCCGCCUGGAAUCACCGCUGGUUCCUCGUUUUUGGAAACGACUUGAACAACUUUUCGAAUAAGAAGGUCCUUGACCGCGAAUUUGACUACGCCAAAGCUGCCGUCCACCGCGCGCCUCAGAACGAGAGCCCUUGGAACUACCUCCGCGGGCUGGUCCGGCACGCACAUCUGCCCUUGAACACGCUGAAAGACUUCGCGACCUCAUUCGCCGACCCACACAAGCCCGACGACGUCCGCUCGAGCCACGCCCUCGAUCUGCUCGCUGACAUCUACGCCACCGAGGAAGGCAGCCAAGACGAAGUGGGCAAGGCUCUCGACCUCCUGGCCACGCGUUACGACCCCAUCCGUCAAAACUACUGGAAUUACCGCAAAUAUCUC